AUGACUAUAACCACCAAACUCAUCACCGUCUUCGGUGCAACUGGCCGCCAAGGCUCCUCCGUCGUGCGCUCCCUUGUCCAAAACCCCGACUUCCGCGUCCGCGCUAUAACCCGCACCCCAGAGUCACCCAAAGCAAAAGAACUCGCCUCCAUCGGGGCCGAGAUCGUCAAAGCAGAUGGCUUCAACCGAGAAGAAUUACUCCUCGCAUUUGCGGGAAGUUGGGGUGCAUUUGUGAAUACUAACUCUGAGGAUCCGGAAUUAUUAUCCAAAAACCUCACCGACGAAGACCUCGGCAAGAACAUAAUCUCCAGCGCCGCAGCAGCAGGCGUACAACAUAUGGUGUAUAGUUCGGGCGUUCCAGUGUCCGAGUUGACAAAUGGAGAGAUAUCAAUUCCUGGGUUAGAUCUUAAAUCCCGCGUCGAAAACCACGCCAAAUCCCAACUCUUCCAAACCAUCACACCCAUAAUCGCAGCCUGGUUCAUGGAAAACUGGCUGGAACCAUCCUACGCCGACCUCUUCGGGGGAUUUCCCCUCACCCCGGACUCCGAAAACUACCUGACAUACAAAACGCCCCUAUGGGGUGGGAAAGAAGAUUUUCCGUGGAUAAGCAUGGCAGAUGAUUUCGGGGAUCUGGUGCAUGGAAUUUUCCUCAAUCCGAAACGCUGGAAUCGGAGGGUGGUGCAGGGGGUUAGUGAUGUUGUGAGCUCGGGGGGAUUGGUUGAGGUUUUUGUUAGUGUCACUGGAAAGAAAGCGCGGUAUGUACCACUUGCAGAUGCAGCGGAAAUGAAAACGCAAGGGGAGUUUUGGCGGGAACAAGAACGAGAUGUUUUUCUUUUCGCGCAGUCUAGGGACGGAGAGUAUUUUUGUAAUGGACCUACGGAGGUGGAGACGGCGAGGGGGUUAAAGAGGGCGGCGUUUAGGGCGAAGGGGGGCAGGGGGAGGGAGGGGUUGAUGUCUGUGAGGGAGUUUGUGGAGAGGGAGUUUGGGGGAAAGCUUUAG